GUCCCAGUUCGCUCCGAGUCGGCGAGCUCCCGCCUCCCCCCGCAGCUGAACCGGCUUCCGGUGGACAAGCUGACCAAGGUGCACGAGGCCUUGGAAGAGUUGAAAGCUGCCGGGCUCACGGACGUCAAGGACGGGAAGUCUGAAGCCACCUAG